GCCUUCCUGCUGUUGUGUCUCAGCGUCUUCCAAUCUGUGGGGGUAAAAAAUGUUUAAACGGCUGACCAAGCAGCUUAUAAAAGAGCUGGGCUCAGAUAGGAGGCUGAUACCUGUGACUAGCCAGGUACUCACUGAUAGCUUCCAGCCUCUCUCUCUGGUGACUAAAGAGCAAUCCAGAUUUCCUUGGAAUACGCGGAAGUAUUCCCCAAGCCCUUUCAAACUGGUGGAUGUGCUUGAGAAAGGAGCAGAGGUGGAAAUAGAACUGAAACACUCUGAACCACUUCUGUUCUCUGCAAACACCUGCCACAAAUCUGGAGCAAGACUGAACCUCAAGAUACAGACUGCUGCAGUGGACAUCGGCGGCUUGGGCUCGGCCUGCUUGUCUUCCUCUCUGAUAGCUGUGAGGAAAACGUAUGUGGACACCAGGGAGCUGUGGAAAAUGGUGCCAUCCUUCAGUCUUCUCCAGCAACUCUACCCUAAGCUGCAUUUCUACGUUGUGACGGAGGCUUUCGAGAUAAUGGAGCCACUUCUGAUUGAGGAGACUGUCCAAGCAGGAGGCAAGGGAACGGUGACAGCAGCGGAAAUAUUGACGAUACAGGGCCUGAGCAAAACAGUGAAGAAGAAGGCCAUGCUGAUCCCCCGAGGCACAGUGCUGGCCUACGUGGUUGAGAAGCUCCAAACCUACGAUGAAGAACUGGUUUUGCUCUGCCAGCGGCUUCAAACAAAGUUGGUUUCCUCACUCACGUAUGAUGCAUUCCAGGAUGAGCUAGGCUCCUCGCUAACAGGCAAGUGGUCUUCUGUUGCUUUCCCUUUAGCUGUCCAGCAAGUGAAAGACGCCGUCAAAGAGGCAUAUGAGCCGCUGGGGCUCUUGAGCCAGCCUUUGAGGAAGCAGCUUCUGGAAUCCUUUGAAGUUUUCCUGCAGGACGGAGAAGUCGCUUCCACUGUCCAGUCGAUGCUGGAGCUUUCUAUGGCAGGAAACAGAGUCGAUCACUCCACGCUGGAGUCCCUGAAUGAGGAAAACCGACCUGCUGUGGAAAAGCUGCUUUCCUGUUUAGGGAUUUCUCGAGACACGGAGAGUGCGAAGAACCAAGAUCUCUGUGGACCAGUCAACUUCCUUUGUUCUUCUAUAGAUGACUUGGACUAUGAGAUGCUACCCCUGCUGCAUACCGUCCUGGAGAAGAAAAAAAUGGCCCAACAGCUGGAGAUGAUGGAUGGCAUUCUGGAGUGGAUUCUUUUUGGCGAUGAAGGCAGCGAUUUCGUGAUUCCACACCAUUCCUUGAAGAAUGAAGAAAUUCACCUGGCCAUUGAGAUGCUGCAAACUUGUGGGCUGGAACUGGAAGCUGGGAAAGACUCCACCGUCUGUCUGUGGAGCAACGAAGCCCGUUCAGAACUGGCUGCUCUGUACUCCAGCUUGUAUGCCCUGCAGAUUCUAAGUGAUUGAAGCCGGAAG